AGUGAGUGAAUAGGUGAACGCCCGCCGCAAUAGAAAAAACCAAAAGAAUGUGAAGAACAGGUAAACAAAGGAAAAGUCGUCACAUAAUUUUAUAAUUCAGAUUAUAGCGUUGCAAUCAACCAAAUGUAGAAGAGAAGAUGGAGUUUAUAUCAGGCUUGGGAAGUCAACGAGAAGCAAGGAAUGGAGAGCUCAUGAUCUCCCUUUGCCGCAGUGCAGUAUUGAUAUGGAGGACAGAAGAGCAAAUCUGGUUGCCCUUUUCAUAGUUCUACUGCUCAUCAGCUUCAUCAUCAUUGCUCGUCUCUCUCUCCAUCUGUCCAAGACCUUUUUCCUCAUAUGCGGAGCUAAUGUUGCAGCAAUCUUCGCAGUUCUGAUGAUCCUGAUAAUCCGUGCUCGUUUCGCCACCCGACGGAAGCAGCUGGAGAGGCAGCUUGAUUCCCAGGGCCGUGAGCUUCGGAUUGAGUACAGUUUUCUCCGGAAAGUCGCUGGAGUGCCCACGAAGUUCCGGCACAGGGAGCUGGAAGAAGCCACCGACGGGUUUCGGUCUCUUGUAGGCAGGGGGGCUUCUGGUUCCGUCUUCAAAGGAAUACUCAGCGACGGCACGACGGUGGCUGUGAAACGGAUCGAUGGAGAAGAGCGCGGCGACAAGGCAUUCAAGUCUGAAGUUGCAGCAAUCGCCAGUGUGCAACAUGUAAAUCUUGUGAGGCUUCUGGGGUAUUGCAUUUCAUCCACGGGGCCUCGGUUUCUCGUCUACGAGUUCAUCCACAACGGGUCAUUGGACAACUGGAUUUUUCCCAGGACGAGAGCAAGAAGUGGCGGUCGGCAGAGGGGCGGUAUCUUGUCGUGGGAAUUGAGAUGCAGAGUUGCUCUUGAUGUAGCCAAAGCGCUCUCCUAUCUGCACCACGAUUGCCGCUCGUGUAUAUUACACCUGGAUGUGAAGCCAGAGAACAUUCUGAUCGACGAGAAUUUCCGGGCACUUGUCUCAGAUUUCGGGCUAUCCAAGCUCAAAGGAAGAGAAGAGAGCAGAGUGGUGACCACUAUCCGGGGAACCAGAGGCUACUUGGCUCCCGAGUGGCUAUUGGAGAACGGGGUGUCUGAGAAGUGCGAUGUGUAUAGCUACGGAAUGGUGUUGCUGGAGAUUAUCGACGGACGACGGAGUAUAAGUGUGUUGGAAGAGGGGGACGGCUCGUCCAAGAAGAAGUUCGAGUUCUUUCCAAGAACUGUGAUUGAGAAAUUGAGAGAUGGGAAACCACUGGAAAUUGUGGAUGAGAGGCUGCUGGUAGGUGGGGGCGUCCACCAGGGAGAGUUGAAGAGAAUGAUUGGGAUAGCGUUGUGGUGCAUACAAGAGAAGGCCAAGCUUCGGCCGAGCAUGGCUCAGGUGGUCGAAAUGCUGGAAGGGCGUGUUCCGGUUGAAGAUCCGCCCAACACCCAAAUGCUUGUGGUCGAUCUGCUAUCCAUCGAAGACGACCAAAAUGGGAACCCAACCAAUUGCCGCAAGCCCACACUCGCUCAAUUGAAUCGUGAGAGUCCCUCCACGUCCACUUGCUCCUUUACGUUUUCAUCGCUCUUGGGCCGAUAGCUAUACCUGCAAAUUUUGCUUAUUUUCUCAUCACACCACAUGCCAUUUGAUUUUUUAUUCUAAAUCAUCUUGCAUCUUUUAUUUUAUAUAACAAAAUUUUAAUCAAUCAAUUAUAUGACAAUUGCAAUACACUUGUCGUGUGAUUGAUAUACAAUUUAGGGAAAGCGACCAAUUACAAUACAACAAGUGUGAUA